CGCAGUAUUGAUUAGCAGUGGUGCAAAGGUUAGCGGCGCUUGAUUCUAUCUGCGAAUAACAAAACGCUUUGGCAAACGAGAGCAGGAGCAGAGCGAUGGAAGAGAAGAGAGGAGGGGUUUCUAGAGGAUAAAGGGUAGAAGGAGUGUCCUGGUGGCCAGUGGGAGCCUCCCCCCGGUUCGUGAUUGGCCGAGGCUCCUGUGAGUGAGAGCAGGGGAGGCCAGUAGGGAGGUGAGUGGUCUGGGAGCCUGCUAGGAGGGCAGGCAGCCACAGAGAGCAGCCACCACUGCCUCUUAAAACCUAAGGUACUCCUCAUUACAGCUACAGACUUGAUAGACAGAGAGCAGGGGAGGGCUGGAGACAGUGCUGAGAGCGGGAAGAGGGAAGGAGAGUGAGAAACUGUGAACAGGGAAAGUUAGAAAAGUAAGCAGUCCUGCUUGUGUGCUCACCUUUCCUUGACUGCUGCCUACCCACACCACUACCUGAGGCACACACACACACACACACACACACACACACACACACUCACACACACAUGCACACACUCACACACACAGGGAGGUGUUUCAGGGAGGCUUAGAGGGCUGACUCUCCAGGGAAGAAGGGAAUUAAACACUUUUGUUUCCAAUCCACCGCGUCCAUACUCAGGACACAGAAAGGGAUUACAGCUUGUACGCCUGCCCCACUUGUUCCUCUCUUCUCUCGGCAUUUUGUCCUCACUGAGUUACUUUGGAGACUUUGGAUACAACCUUUUUGAAUUGUUGGUUCGGGCUCAGAGAGGCAUGGCACACGGACAAAAGAGCCCCAGGUGGGCAUUAACCCAGGGCUCCUUCAGCUUGGCACUGGGCCUGUCGCUCUUCUCCCUCCUCCUCCUCCUCUUCACCGUCUCGGCCGCAGAUGAGUACGACUACUACAGCUGGCAGUCGGACAACUUCCACAAUGGCCGCUUCUACACCAAGCAGCCCCAGUGUGUGGACAUACCAGCUGACCUGCGCCUGUGCCACAAUGUGGGCUACAAGAAGAUGAGGCUGCCCAACCUCCUGGACCACGAGACCAUGCCAGAGGUGAAGCAGCAGGCGGGCAGCUGGGUGCCCCUCCUGGCCAAACGGUGCCACGCCGAUACCCAGGUCUUCCUGUGCUCGCUGUUUGCACCGGUGUGCCUGGACCGGCCCAUCUAUCCCUGCCGCUCGCUGUGUGAGGCUGUGAGGGACAGCUGUGCUCCGGUGAUGGAGACCUAUGGCUUCCCCUGGCCGGAGAUGCUGACCUGCGAUAAGUUUCCAAUUGAUAACGACCUCUGCAUUCCCAUGCAGUUCACUGGGAACCAGGCGACCCAGCCACCAGUGUCCAAGGUGUGCCCUCCGUGUGACAAUGAGCUGAAAGCAGACAACAUCAUGGAACAUUACUGCGCCAGUGACUUCGCCCUCAAGAUGAAAAUCAAGGAGGUGAAGAAGGAGAAGGGUGACCGGAAGCUGAUUGCAGCACAGAAGAAGAAGAAAGUGUUGAAGCAGGGUGUGCUGAGGAAGAAGGACCUGAAGAAACUGACUCUGUACAUCAAGAAUGGCGCCAACUGCCCUUGCUCCCAGCUGGACAGCCUGGGCUCCAGCUUCCUCAUCAUGGGCCGCAAGGUGGACCAGCAGCUGCUGCUCAUGUCCAUUCACAAGUGGGACAAGAAGAGCAAGGAGCUCAAGUUCGCCAUCAAGUACAUGAAGUCCCAUCAGUGUCCCACCUACCACACCGUCUUCCAGUGAUGCGGUACUUCGAUCGCUCCCCACGUUCCACCCUGUUCCACCCACCUAAUUCACGUUUCAGUAAUGUGUCCCUGAACCCCAGAUCCCUGCCAAAUCUGUUACCGGCCCACCACACAGCUCUGGUCCAGCUUUUAUUCCCUCAGCUUUAAACAUCAAUCAGGCACUCGAGGGGAUCGUCCUGAUCUGCUUAGACGAAUCAGACACAUUAAUGGUGGAGCUGGGAGACCUGCAGCCUCCUCCGAAUAAUAGAAGAAGCCCGACACCACAGACUUUAUAACAAUUAGGGUGAUUUCAUUUCAUUUCCCAAGCAAAACCACACAAUCCGAUUUUUCCCUGCUGCGAUCCGAUAGAGCCUUCUUGAACAAUUCUACUUUUCUUCCUCUGAUAUAGUAAGACCAAUCACUUGUAUGAUAUCUUACAGCAACUUUAUCAAUUAGACAGUGGCAUUGAGAAACGGGAACCUAAAGUUCUGAGGCAACAAUUUGAGGGAAGAGAUAUUUGAUAAUGCAUCGAUUACAGACAGACAGAAUGGAAAGGGAGCCGAGUGGGAAGGCAGGGCUUGUUACAGAGAGAUGAUUGGCUGCAUGUGUGGGCUGUGCAAUGGGCCAGUUCACACACUGGCACAGAGCUCCCGGGAACAACAUCAAAGCAAAGAAAUGUAGAUGAUCCACUUAACUGUAUGUUUUAAUAAUGUAAAAAGUAGGUAAUUCAGAUGAAAACUAGAUGGUUAGAAAACUGGGCUUUUUCCUUUUAUCCCUGCCGGGAAAAGAAGACCGAUGGAACGAGACAGACUGACGGACUGGAUGAUGCUUCCACUGACUUUGUGCAGCACCGUUUUUGUGGCCUGAAAGAGGGAAACUUGAAUAUCUUUUGCGUUUUUCAAUUGGAGACAGAAGGAGGUUGAGGCAGAGAAGACAUCUUCUUGAAAAUGAGUGGAGAAUAGAGGAGAAAGAGAGAGAGAGAGAGAGAGAGAAAGAGACUCUGGACAGAACCAACAGUGUUGGGUUGAUAAGUCUCUGGUGCUCGCUGUUUUUUUUUUUGUUUUUUUUUCACUAUCACUCUUCAAAUGUUUCUCUUUUUUUACUUAAAUUUUUGGAUUUGCUUCAGUUAAACGUAUAAUGUAUGAGAGCAGAAAUCAUACAUACAGACAUAGCACCUGAACUCACUGUCGCCGUAGCAAUAAAAGAUGCAGAAAUUUAACUUUGACAAUAUUUUCUAAUCAGUUAAUCUGUAAGUAGUUCUGUUACUGAAAUACAUCUUUGUUUUACAAAAAAAAAGUAAAUGAAUAAAAUAUAUUUGAAAUUUUUAUAAAGUAUAUUUCUUCAAAAUGUGUACAUAUAUACAAAAUGUCUUUCUUUAUCAUUGUGAUUAAACCACAAACUGCA